AUGCGGUGCUUGUCUCUUCUCUCGUCUGCCCUUUUGGGCUUCACCUUGGCAGCGACCGUCUCUGCUGGUCCGGUCCCUCCCCAGAAUGCACCUGUCAUUGAGGACAACGACCCCGACUUUGUCUACCAGGUCAAGCUUCUUGACAAAGACAACACGACCAUCUCUGGCCAAUUCACUGCUUGGGCUACCAAAGUCGGAGUCGGAAUCAAGAUCCAUGCUGAAGUCUCAGGUCUCCCCAAUGGAUCUCUUCAUUACCCCUAUCACAUCCACGAAAAGCCCGUCCCCGAGGAUGGCAACUGCUACGCAACUGGCGCCCAUCUUGACCCUUACAAGCGUGGUGACCAGCCUCCCUGUGACAUCAACGCUCCGCAGACCUGCCAGGUCGGCGAUCUGAGCGGCAAACACGGUCCCAUCUUCGCCCCGGACGGUGAGACCUUCGAAGUCUUCUACACCGACUACUAUCUCUCGAACGAGGAAGACGACCCAGCCUUCAUCGGCAACCUUUCCAUCGUCCUUCACGCGCCCAACAACACCAGACUGAACUGCGGAAACUUUGUGCCGUUGAAUUCUCUCAAGAGUGAGGAAUCUGAGCAGCUCGACGAGCUUGUACCUGAGCCUCUGGAGGAUUGA